UAUUGCAUAUCGUGUUUCCGCGUAUGGAUCGGGUAGCGCCAGCUAUGGCUGAGCUUGAUUUCGGGGAUAAUGAGCUCUUUCAGCAGCUCGAUGACUCUGGUCCGCCGCUUCCGACGCACCUUCGCUUCACAGAUGACGAAGUUGAGCAGGACGAGAAGAGCCAGCUCCGGAGCAGGCUCGAGGAGAGCGAUGAUUACAUCCAGAGACUCACUGAGGAGAAUAAAGUAUUACGAAGGAAACUGAGGAUCCUGACACGACCAAGCGGCAUCACAGUUGAAGAUGUUAACGCUGACGGGCCUCUUCUUCAGAUCCUUUAUACAAACAAUAUCAUAUCAAAGAAGUGUCGUCAGGAAAUUGAAGACUGCAUCUGCAGUGUGAUUUUGAAGCACCAGAAACCAGAUCGUGAGAAGAAGUCCUCCUUUCACAUCAAACCUCAGAAUUCAGCUUUUGCUUUGGAUGAAGAUCCACAGAAAAUGUCUUCUAGUAGGGUGAGAACAACAAUGGAAGCCUUUAAAGUAGUUGGAAGUGUCUUAUAUUUCACUACUUUCAAUAUUGAUAAACUUGGACAGCCUCUGGUGAAUGAAAACGCCCAGCUGACUGAAGGAUGGGAACUUCCAACAUAUCAGCAAGUCUUCAAUCAAGUCAUUGGAACUGAUGGACAGGAAAUAGAAAUGAAAGAUAAAAGACCAAAGUCUAUGUGUUUCAACUGUGGUUCAAGCGGUCAUCAGCUGAGAGAUUGUCCCAAGCCUAAAGACAUGAUUGCAAUUAAUGAGAGAAGAAAGGAGUUCAAUCAGAGCAACAAUCAAGCCAUGCAGAGUAACCAGAGAUACCAUGCUGAUGAAGUGGAGGAACGGUUUGCCAAAUAUAAGCCUGGAGUCAUGAGUGAGGAGCUGCUGACAGCUCUGGGCAUCGAUGAAAACACCCUCCCUCCUCUGAUCUAUCGCAUGAGGCAGCUAGGUUACCCACCGGGUUGGCUCAAAGAGGCAGAGAUGGAAAACUCUGGCUUAUCACUGUAUGAUGGAAAUGCAUCAAAUGAUGGCAGUCUAACAGACAACACUACUUCACAAAACAUCUCUUAUGAUGUUUCCAAGCUGGUGGAUUUCCCAGGCUUCAAUGUACCUGCACCACACAAAAUGAAAGAUGAGUUCAUGCACUUUGGUUCGAUUCCAAUGCAGAGCAGCCACAUGAAGCAAAACUACGCAGCCUACCUGUCCAGCUUCUUUCCUGUGCCUGGCGCCCCUUCCAACAAGAGAAGACAUGAAUUUGACUCAUCCCCACAGCUGAGGAAGAAGACCAAGUCUAGCCCGGACCGGACCUCGAACAGGAGCUCAGAUAUGGAUAUUGAAUCAGAUCCAGGAACACCUUAUCAUAUUCAUGGCCCUGGUGACUUCCAGUUCCAGCCACCACUGCCCCCUGGCUCUCCUUGCUUCAGUUCUCCCCCUCCUUUACCACAAGGCACUCCUCCUGCUACACCCACACCCCCACCUCUCCCUAAAGGUACACCUCCACCCACACCCACCAAUGGCUCUCCAGCUGUGCGAGGGUGUGACUGGGUGGUGGUUGAUGAGACCGCAGAGGGAACAGAGGACGACAUGACACUGGAGGAACUGGAAGAGCAGCAGAGGCAGAUCAUGGCAGCUCUAGAAAAUGCUGACACAACCACUAAUAGUGACUGUGAGACACCUGCAAUGCAAACUCCCGUACCAAGUUCACCAAGUGUGUCCACAUCUGCACACAUGGACACGGAAACAGAAGACAUGGAUGAAGAAAUGGAUUCAAUGAGACCUGGAGAACCUUCUUUUAGCAAUGAAAUUCAACCAGACAUUCAAGAGGGUUUCUCUCAAAGCCCUGGACCAGUCAAAGUUGAGGAUGACAGCCCUCAGAGUCCCGACCCAGUGAAAGCCCAGGACAGCACCCCUCAGAGUCCCGACCCAGUGAAAGCCCAGGACAGCACCCCUCAGAGUCCCGACCCAGUGAAAGCCCAGGACAGCACCCCUCAGAGUCCCGAACCAAUGAAAGCCCAGGACAGCACCCCUCAGAGUCCCGAACCAAUGAAAGCCCAGGACAGCACCCCUCAGAGUCCCGAACCAAUGAAAGCCCAGGACAGCACCCCUCAGAGUCCCGAACCAAUGAAAGCGCAGGACAGCACCCCUCAGAGUCCCGAACCAAUGAAAGCGCAGGACAGCACCCCUCAGAGUCCCGAACCAAUGAAAGCGCAGGACAGCACUCCUCAGAGUCCCAAACCAAUAAAAGCCGAAGCUGACAACCCACAGAGCCCUGAGUCAGAUUUCCCUAAUACGGUGGGAGGAGAUUGUGCUUCUGUCGAGAAGAUAACUGCUGUUCCUCAUCGGAGCAAGUUUGCAGCUGGCAUUGUUCCUUUUGAAGAUACACCAGAAUUCACUGAAGUUGCUGAAGCCACAGGAACAUAUCUUAGAAUCAGAGACUUGCUUAAAAACUCCCCUCGAAGUUUGGCAAAGAAGAAGUGAAAAUGUAUUGCCUUGAUUCAGAACACAGUAUAUUUUAAUGGAAAGUCUUGUUUUCAUCUCCAUUGAGCAUUUUUUGUUUUUGUUUUUUUUUAGCAGUUUUUGUACUAAAAUGAAUGUCUAUGCCGUGUGUGUACAGUUGAUGUGUAAAAUUCAAUGAGGGAAAUCAGAAUCAGAAUCAGAAGGUUUUAUUGCCAUAUGGGUGAACAGGUUCACAGCAUUAGGAAAUUGCUGCGGUACUUCGUGCUUACAGAAAAAAAAACAAAUAAGUAUAAAAACUAUA